UUGCAUUACAUUCAAUGAACGAAUAAAACUACUAAAACAAAUACGUUUUUCAUCACAUUCAUAACGGUUAAACGUCAUUAAUUUUUUUAUACAAAUUUAUUAUAUACAAAAGAGAUAAAAUCACGAUUUAACAAAUCGUGUAAACCAUCUCUCCAGCAUUAUGCGUUCGAACGGCCAAAGUUACCAACUAGGAACUAGUUUAAUUAACAUUCUGAGGCAACUUCCUCCCAGCGAGAUCGCGUUUUGUGUUACUCGCAUAGAAAAUCGCGGUCUCUUCAAGACACGUUUGCUGCGAGCCAAGGAGACGCAGAACCUGAUUGAAACCGAAACUUCCUAUUAUAUUCGGCAGCAGGAGCGACCCACCGAGAUUCGAACGAACAAAGAAAUGAAAUCGCUCUCCUUCUGACGAAAGGUGCACGGAACAAUUCAAC